CGGACUGGAGGAGCUCAGCUUGCACGAAUGCACCCGCCGUGGCAGCCUAGGAUCCAUCAAAACAAACACUAACAGCAGCGAGCACCGGGAAGAGACUGGUGUCAGGAUUCAACUUGAGCGCAGCGUGCGUAAAAGGCGCGCUAUAACUCUCGCUGUUGCCUCUGGUGUUUCAAAGUGAAGGUUGUGGUGAGAUUGAGUCAUGCUUAAAAUGACCGAAGAGCACGACAAGUGUGUGGGCGACCAACCGUGCAGCCCCUCGGGCACAAACAGCUCCAUGUCUCAGGAUGAGUCCGACUCUGACGCGCCGUCCUCGCCGACGGGCUCCGACGGCCAAGCGUCUCUGCUCGCCGGUUUGGCCAAGAAGUUGGACUCGGAGGACGACGAUCGCUUCCCGGCUUGCAUACGGGACGCGGUCUCUCAGGUUCUGAAGGGAUACGACUGGUCCCUGGUGCCCAUGCCGGUGAGAGGGAACGGGUCCUUGAAGAGCAAACCGCACGUCAAGAGGCCCAUGAACGCCUUCAUGGUUUGGGCCCAGGCAGCUCGCAGGAAGCUGGCGGACCAGUACCCGCACCUGCACAAUGCCGAACUCAGCAAGACACUGGGGAAACUGUGGCGCUUACUUUCGGAGAGCGAGAAGAGGCCCUUUGUGGAUGAAGCGGAGCGCCUGAGGGUUCAGCACAAGAAAGAUCACCCGGACUACAAGUACCAGCCCAGGCGACGGAAGAAUGUCAAACCGGGCCAGAGCGACUCGGAUUCUGGCGCCGAGCUGGCCCAUCAUCACAUGUACAAAGCCGAACCGGGGGUGGCGGGGCUGGCAGGGAUGUCUGAGGGGCACCACCAUCCCGAACAUGCCGGACAGCCCCACGGUCCCCCGACACCGCCCACCACCCCCAAAACGGACCUGCACCACGGCGCCAAGCAGGACCUAAAGCACGAAAGCCGUCGCCUGGUCGACAGCAGCGGCGGCGGCAGGCAAAACAUCGACUUCAGCAACGUGGACAUCUCCGAGCUCAGCACCGACGUCAUCAGCAACAUGGAGGCGUUCGACGUGCACGAGUUCGACCAGUACCUCCCGUUGAACGGCCACGUCUCCUCAGUCCCCGCCGCCCUGUCCUCAGAGCACGGGCAGGCCUCGGUGACCCCGUAUGGCUCCUCCUACGGCGGCUGGAGUCGCAAGAACACCGUGCCCUCCUCGUCACCCGAGGCGGCCCAGCACCGCCUCCAUAUCAAAACGGAGCAGCUGAGCCCGAGCCACUACAGCGACCACUCCCACGGCUCGCCGUCACAUCCCGAUUACGCCGCCUACAACAGCCAGGCCUGUGUCGCCACCUCGGCGGCCUCCUUCCCCGCCUCCCAGUGUGACUAUACCGACCUCCAGAGCUCCAACUAUUACAACCCGUACUCCAGCUACCCCUCCGCCCUCUACCAGUACCCUUACUUCCCCUCCCCUCGGCGGCCUUACGGCAGCCCCAUUCUCAACAGCCUGUCCAUGGCGCCUGCUCACAGCCCCACCGCCCCCAGCUGGGACCAGCCCGUCUACACCACACUGACCCGACCUUAGAGCUGCAAGGGACGACUCGUCUGAGCGCAACGAACGAAGGAAGCAAAUGAAAAAGUGCCUGCUGAUUUUAUACAAAACUCUGACCUUUGCAACACUUCUUACAGACUUUUGUACACCAAGAGAAACAUUGGUGGCGCCUCCGUGAGGACGUAUUAUCGCCUGUACGCGACAUUGUGUACAGUUUUUUCCCCCGCACUUAAAACCUCUUUUUCACAGGGGUCCCCUUCAAGUCUUUUUUGUGCACUGUCACGGCAAUUUUCCAGACUCAGAGGUGUAACAGAGGCGGGACGCUGCCUGUGUGAAAGUAUAUCGUGUAUAGUUGAACACAUCUUGAAUUGUCUGACUGUGCCGUGUGACAGCAGCUGUGGUAAUAUGCUGCCUUUGCUGGAUUCUGCGUAAAAGGCAAAAACGGCUUCUGCCGUGGCUUGGAUGUGACAGUGUGGCAGGAAAGGGGCUUGGCGUCCCAAAAAUUAGCCGCAUCAGGCAACCGUGCGCGCUUUCACACAGCACAGCUGACGAGCGCUCGGUUGACAUCCUGUGUUUGAAUUGCUGUCGACGCAACAGGACGAGGGAAGUGAUUGUUGGGCGUUCACUCUUUCUGACAUUCCCUUUUACACAGGCGCCAUCCUGCCUCUGAUGCUACCUCUGAAGGGGGCAUAUUGGCGGAACAACUUUAACAUAACAUUUCUUUGUGCCGUUCAGACAGAACAGCAACAUGCAGGCAGAGCGUUUGAAACGGGCUAGGGUGAUCCUACAUCCUGUAAGCAUGGACACAACACUCCUGUCCUGCAAUUUGGCCUUUUGGGCUUGUCUCUUUUCACACAGCCAUUGCCCUGGCUGCUGGUGAAUAUUCCAUCUGUUCCACGUUUGCGCCAUUUAUUUUCUGGGAAAAGCUGGGAGAGUAAAAGGGGCCCUUUUAUGCCCGUGGAGGGUGGAAUAUUCUUGACAUAGAAAUUAAUGGUGACUGGACGAGGCUGUGUGAAAGGGGCUUUAGAGGGUGAAUCAUUGUGAAUUUUGGCUCAAGUCUUAACAAAACCUAUGAAUCUUAAAGUCUUUAUACAUAUAUAAAUAUAUAUUUAUGUUCAUGCAUUAUUUUCUGGUGUGGCUUGGAUUAAAAACACUUAAGUAGGUGGCAGUGUAGAGCGGGCAGAGAUCAUUCCGUAAAAGACAGAAUUCCAGAAAGGUGGCGUUCCUUGAUUGCGGGCGAGGGGCAAAGGGGGACGAAACAGGUGCUGACAAGCUGCGCCUGGCAAAUUGCGAUUAGUCAUGAUGGAACGGGUAAAGGAAAUGGGGUAAAAUAACACCGCCUGCUAUGAGUGACGCGUCAGCUGGAGCGACACAUGGUGUGCGGGUGUGCGUGUGUGUGUGCGUGCAUGCGAGUGUGUGUGUGUGUGUGUGUGUGUGUGCGUGCAUGUUCAUGUGCAAAUUUUACAUGUAAAUGUUUGAGUCCAUUUCCUGGACGGAGACUUUUGACCCGAUUGCCCGUUUUUAUCUCAGCUGCCAUCAAGUGCCGACGUGCUGCUUCCCGUCUCCCCACAUGCAGAGCGUCUUUGUGCCUUUUUUUUCUUUUUGGAACGAUUAGUAUUCCUGACAGACGGAGGCGUUUCUAGAUCAUUCCUGACCUGGCGUGGUGUCAGAUGGUUUUGUCCAUUUUUGUACAUUACGACCAUGUAUCAUUUGGAGACAAAGGUUGUGAAAAUGAUUGGUGUUUUAUUAACUACGACUUUUUCCAUCCACACACACGCACACACACACGCACGCACGCACACACGCACACACACACACACACACACACACAUGCAAAGCUAACACAGUUGCUGGCUGGUUUAAUUUGUUGUUGUUUUUUUAAAUAAAACACAUGUUCCUUAUAACCCUUGUCUUCCUUUAUAGCCUUUUAAAGAGUUGCAAAUAAUAAAUAUUGAGUAUGAUGGAGAAA